AUGCCGCUGGAUCAGACUCCCAUGGGUACCGGAGUCAAGAUACCCACUGAUGCCAGCACUAAGAUGCCCAUAGAUACUGGGGCCAAGAUACCCAUUGGUGCCAAUGCCAAGACGCCCCUGCCUCCUUCCAGUGCCACCGUAUGCACGGCAGGUGAAUGUCACAGGGAAGUGCCCCUGUAUAUCCGGGAGCAGGUUCUCCCCACGGAUGUGCGCCAGCGGAUGCUGUGGCCCAGGGUCGGUGGUGCGGGGGAGGGGGCGUCUGGAAUUGCCUCCCCAUCGCUCCCUGAGCUGAACAAGCCUCUGGAGGACGCCCCGGCCCAGGCACUGGGAAGCAGCCACAUGCCGCACCAAGGGGCUGGCGGCGUGAACCAGCUGGGGGGGCUCUUCGUGAAUGGCCGCCCCCUGCCCCCGGGCAAGAGGAAGAGGAUCGUCCAGCUGGCGGCGAGUGGGGUGCGCGCCUGUGACAUCUCCCGGAGCCUGAAGGUUUCCAAUGGCUGCGUGAGCAAGAUCCUGGGCCGCUACUACCAGACAGGCGCCGUGGAGCCGAAGGCCAUCGGCGGCAGCAAGCCCCGCAUGGCCACCCCAGAGGUGGUGGCCCGAAUCGCGCAGCUGAAGCUGGCGCACCCGUCCAUCUUCGCGUGGGAGAUCAGGAGGAAGCUGCGCUCCGAAGGCAUCUGCGCCAGCGACCGGACGCCCAGCGUGUCCUCCAUCAACCGGGUGCUGAGGAACCUGCAAGGGGACAUGCGGCUCACAGCUGACUUUGCAGAGGCGCCCGCGUCCCGGUGGCACCCUGGGAGGAGCUCAGCGUCGGCCAGGGGACCCCCGCCGGGCGUCCAGCACCGGAACAGGACGAUCUUCUCAAGCCAGCAGUCCGUGGCCUUGGAGAAAGAAUUCCAGAGAGGGCAGUACCCCGACUCCGCUACCCGGGAGAAACUGGCCUCAGCCACCCAGCUCCCCGACACCACCAUCAGGGUUUGGUUUUCAAACCGAAGAGCCAAAUGGAGACGAGAGGCAAAGCUGAAGCUGGAGACUGACCGUGCAGCUCCCCAGGCCUUUGCUGCUUUUCAUCCAUCCUCAAUGACCGACACCAUCUCCACACAGCACCUGGCUGCCUCCCCGGACACCCCCAGCUUCACUGUCUACCCGGGGACCUCCCAGCCACUGCAUCUGAGCGCCUCUCCGCCCGGCGCCUGGGAAGAGCCUUGCUGUGGGCUGGCUCCCGGGGGCACUCUGCCUCCAGCUUCUUGGAGGCCAGCUCUGGCCCUCCCUCCCUUGGACGCCUCGCCCUUCGCUCUCCCCGGCGGUGCCCCGCAAGUCUCCUUCGCUCUGCCGCCCAGUGCCACAGCGAUGCCCCCCUUGCACCCUCCUACUCCCCCUCUGCUGUCCAGAGCCCAGUUCCUCUCCGAGGAUCGGACGCCUGGGUUCCAUCCCCGCAACCCCGGCUCAGCAGCAGCCUUUGGACACUUCCACUCCAGGCUUCAGGGCUUAUGA